UUUUUAGUUUAAUAGAUUACUUGAGUGAUCUGCACGUCAACAUAGAAAAGUAUAAGGUGUUUAUCAUAAAUCAAAAUAUAAUUUUUUUAAAAAAGCUGUAAACUCAAAGAUGACAUCUAUUGCUGAGCUCCCUUGCUAUACAUUAAUUAAUUAUCCGAUUGAAAAUGAACCUGUCACAGAAGCAAAACUCAAAGAAGAUCUUGAGCGUGGUGACAUACCUGCUAAAACAACAGCUCUUAAAAAAGUUAUGUAUCAACUUCUUAAUGGUGAAAAGAUGCCUUCAAUAUUGAUGACAAUUAUUAGAUUUGUGCUUCCACUGCAAGAUCAUACCAUUAAAAAAUUGCUCCUUAUUUUUUGGGAAAUUGUUCCGAAAACAUCAAGUGAUGGCAAGUUAUUGCAAGAGAUGAUUUUGGUUUGUGAUGCUUACCGAAAGGAUCUUGAACACCCUAAUGAGUUUAUACGAGGAUCAACAUUAAGAUUUUUGUGCAAGUUAAAGGAAUCAGAGCUAAUCGAGCCAUUAAUGCCUGCAAUUCGUGCCUGUCUUGAACAUCGUCAUUCAUAUGUUCGUCGAAAUGCUGUGUUUGCCAUUUAUACAAUAUAUAGAAACUUUGACUUUUUAAUACCUGAUGCUCCUGAACUGGUUUAUGAAUUUCUUGAAAAAGAACAAGAUGCAUCUUGCAAGCGAAAUGCUUUUAUGAUGUUAAUUCAUGUUAAUCAGGAAAAAGCUUUGGACUAUCUGAGUACCUGCAUUGAGCAAGUUCAUUCUUUUAAUGAAAUCCUUCAACUUGUUAUUGUGGAGCUUAUAUACAAGGUUUGUAUUGCAAACCCACAAGAACGCUCUCGAUUUAUCAAAUGCAUUUAUAAUUUGUUGAAUUCUUCUUCUAAUGCUGUACGAUACGAAGCUGCUGGGACCUUAGUCACACUUUCCUCAGCUCCAACAGCAGUUAAGGCUGCAGCAAGCAAUUACAUUGAGCUGAUUUUAAAAGAAAGUGAUAACAAUGUGAAGCUUAUUGUACUUGACAAGUUGAUCAAGUUGAAAGAAAAUCCAGUUCAUGAAAGAGUCUUACAGGAAUUAGUAAUGGAUAUUUUGCGUGUGUUAGCUAGUCCUGACCUUGAGGUUCGAAAGAAAACAUUGGACUUGGUACUUGAGUUAGUAACUCUAAGAAACAUAAAUGAGGUUGUUAUGAUUCUUAAAAAAGAGGUUACUAAAACACACACAGAAAGUGAGAAGGGAGAUUUAAUAGGGAACUAUCGUCAAAUCUUAGUGAGAACACUUCAUUCUUGUUGCAUCAAAUAUCCUGAUGUUGCUCCAACAGUUGUGCCAAUGCUAACAGAAUUCUUGGGUGAUGAAAAUGAGCAAGCAGCUCUUGAAGUUUUGUUAUUUAUUCGUGAAGCUGUUCUUAAAUUUGUUUCUCUGAAAGCUGUCAUAUUAGAGAAAUUAUUAGAAAAUUUCCGUACUAUUAAGAAUGUUAAAAUACAUCGUCAUGCCCUUUGGAUUUUAGGAGAAUACUGUCAGCAAUCAAAUGAUAUUCUAAGUGUUAUGAAUGAAAUUAAAGAUGGACUUGGGGAGCUUCCCCUUGUUGAUGAUGAAUUAAGAAAAAUGGCAGGUACAAAAGGUGAAGAAACUGAUGAAGACAAAAAAUCUGUUCCUUCUCAGCGUAUGAUGGUUACAGCUGAUGGUACGUAUGCUACUCAAAGCGCUUUUGUUACCAAGUCAUCAACAGUCGAAGCUGAUACUCGACCACCUCUCAGAAAUUAUUUGAUGAAGGGUGAUUUUUUUAUUGGCAGUGUUAUUGGAAGUACUCUUACAAAACUGGCAUUAAAGUUUACAGAUGUAUCUCAAGAUAUAGUUUCAAAAAAUAAGUUUGUUGCUGAGACUAUGUUUGUGAUUGCAAGUAUUAUUCAUUUUGGUAAAUCUGGUAUUCCAGAAAAACCGAUCACUGAAGAAGACUUAGGUAGACUUGCAAUAUGCAUAAAAGUUUUAUCAGAACAGAAUGCUUUCAUGAAAAACCUUUUCAAAGUUGAAUGUCGAAAUGCUGUUUCAGACAUGUUGGAUGGAAGCAAACAAAUAAUUCAGUAUCAAGGUGAGGUUAAUAAAAAAACAGUGUUUUCCCAACCUGAUGAAUCGAUAGCGUUCCUGCAGCUUUUUGUAAAAUCAGAUCAAUCUGUUGCUGAAAAUCAGUUUGAAGUCAGUUUACUUCAAGCUAUUAAUAGUCCUUUGAUGAAAAAAGAAGAUGAAAGCAUGAGUUCAAAGUUAAAUAAGGUAGCACAACUGACAGGAUUUUCUGAUCCAAUUUAUGCAGAAGCAUAUGUUAACGUGAACCAAUAUGAUAUUGUUUUAGAUGUACUUAUUGUUAAUCAAACCACCGACACAUUGCAAAAUGUUACUUUAGAACUUGCUACUCUAGGAGAUUUAAAGCUGGUUGAAAAACCAUCAUCUGUUACAUUAGCUGGACAUGACUUUUCUAAUAUUAAGGCAAGUGUUAAAGUUGCAUCAACAGAAAAUGGAAUAAUAUUUGGUAACAUUGUUUAUGAUGUGAGUGGUGGAAGUGGUGAUAGAAACUGUGUUGUCUUAAAUGAUAUUCAUAUUGACAUCAUGGAUUAUAUAAUUCCUGCAUCUUGCACAGAUACAGAGUUUAGGCAAAUGUGGGCAGAGUUUGAGUGGGAAAAUAAAGUCUCUGUUAACACUAACAUUACAGACACUCGUGAAUAUCUUGAUCAUAUUAUCAAAUGUACAAAUAUGAAAUGUCUUACGCCCGAAAAGGCAAUAUCAGGUGAUUGUGGUUUUCUUGCUGCAAACUUAUACGCCAAAAGUAUAUUUGGCGAGGACGCGUUAGCAAAUUUGAGCAUAGAAAAACCGUUAAAUGGUGGUCAUGACGCCUCAGUCAUUGGUCAUAUUAGAAUUCGUGCCAAAAGUCAGGGUAUGGCUUUGAGUCUUGGCGAUAAAAUCAAUCUCUCUCAAAAAAAGAUAGUAAAAAUAUAGAACUUUGUAAAAGAAAAUAAAUCCAUCAUUUUA